CCACCUGCUGAGCCUGCGACAACCCGACUUUGAGUUAUAUCGGGGUUGACUAUACUCGGGACAGGUCACGUACGAUCAAGCGGUUCAGGAGGAAGAAUUCAGACCGAUGAUCCAUGCAUAUUUAUUCUCUUUACGUUGGAGAUGUCAAGUUCAGUACGGUGGUUCUCCAAGCGAUGCUCAAUUGGUUCAAGGACAAGGGUUCGUAUCCCGUUCAGGGUGCUGUAGCCAUCGCGUACGGCACGUAUGAGGACGAAAAUGCUAUCACUCGGUGCUACAAAGUGAACGCAGUAGACAACUUGCCGGGAUUGCACCGCUUGAAACGCUUCUUAGUCGAUACAUACAUGGCAGUCGCUCAUGCGACUUGGUUCGAGGACGAGGACUGGCGCUAUUACCUACACGAAAUCCUUCGAGAUUCGAUGGUAGCGAUGCUCUACAAGCAUCCCGCAAAGAACAAAUGGAAUAUUGACAUCUGGAAAGCCGAGUUAGAAGCCGAGGAGUUGGCGGUGCAGUCGCACUUGUUCCUCAGGUGCGAUCAGAAAUUACGCGUCGCCCAUGGAUCGCCUGCCAGCAUGAACGACCGCGAUCAAGUCUACCCCGCCUACGGCUGGAUGAGACAUUGGGAGGUUAGGAAUAUACUCUGUCCACCCUGUUAGGAUAUACGGGCACAUUUGGAAAGUUCUUUCGGCUAUGCUUUGUGUUUCUGAAGCCAUAUUGAAGAAUACUCCAAACCCAGCGGGCUGUCCGUUCGAAACACCGCACUAUCGACAAUAUCAAUACCAAAGCAUCUUCUACCGCAGCAUAGUUAGCAUUGAGCUCUUUA